GUCUCCCCCAAGUGACGACUCGACGGAGUCACGGUCCCCCAGCAGAAACGCGAGAUCGCCGGCGAGAGUUUCCCGAUGACCGGCGGCGGCAGCAGCAGCACCCGGCGUGCGGCCGCCGCCGCCAGGAGCCGAGGGAGGCCCUCCGACGCCUCGGAGCCGGAGCCGGACGCUCGCCGAGCCGCGGCCGCGGCCGCAGCGGCGCGGCGCCGUGGUCGCGGCGACCAUGGGCCUCUUCGCCUCAUGUACGUGAGCACUCGAACCCUCGCGCUCCUGGGGAUUGUUUCCUUCGCCCUCGCGUCGGUCGCCUUCGUGACGUAUACUGGCGGGUGGUGGGAGGAGGUGGAAACGGAGGGCGCGGCCACGCUGCGAACGGUCAUGCGUUCCGUCACGCCGCUGUCGGCACCCAGGAUGAUGGAUCUGCCUCAGUUCCAAGGUGAUCACAAGGAAAGCUUGUAUUGGGGUACUUACAGACCAAAUGUGUAUCUUGGAAUUCGUUCAAGAACUCCUCUGUCUCUAAUUGCUGGAUUGAUGUGGAUUGGCUUGAAAAAUGGACAAUAUUUUCUUCGUCAUGUUUGCCAAGAUUCUGAUGAGCUGAGCACAUAUGGGUGGACAGCUCACAAUGGUAGGGAUUAUGGACAUCAAAUGCUAGUUGAUCAUGGCCUACUCUUGACUACUAGUUUUCUGAAAGAGAAAGGGGAGGGCAGUGGUUAUGGUGGAGACUGGGCAGUUCGAUUGGGUGCUAACAGUGAGAGGUCUAGUUUAAAUGAUGCUCAAGGAAGCACCACACACCUGUUUUUCUACAUUGCUGACGAAAGCGGAAAGUCGAUCACUAUGGCCUCACAUGUACCUUCAUCAAGAGGCCCUGUUCUUUUGGCAUCUGGGUCGCACGAUGAGAUUGGUGAUUGGGAAUUGUACUUGAGAUCUGAGGACGGUUUGGAAAUUCAUAGAGCUGGAUUCAAAUCAAUGAGCAUGCAUAAUCUGAGUGACCUAGUACAACAGGCCGUUGCUACUAAUGCAAUGCAAACUGGGAACCUUAACUUGCCAGACAUGACUGAAGAUUCAUCAAAUAUAAUGACCUAUCAGGUUUCCAUAAAGACUCCUGCUCAAAUAGACAUAGUAUUCUUGUCAGGGUCUGCCUCAAAGAAUCCAAAGAUUGAAGAGCGGAUUAGCAAGCUAACAGGUCCCAUGCUGAGCGCCCGUCUUGAAUCAAAACAAAAGGAAUUUGAAGAGAGAUAUGAUCAAAUAUUCAAUGUAAAUAAUAAGAUUGACUCCAAAGAAUUAUCUGUUGGUAGAGCUGCCUUGUCAAAUCUUCUUGGUGGUGUUGGCUACUUCUAUGGGCAGUCCAAAAUUGCGCUUCCGAAAGGUUUUACACAAAAGAAUGCGGAUAAAUACAUUCCAUAUUGGCCAGCUGCGUUAUAUACAGCUGUUCCCAGCCGCUCAUUCUUUCCAAGGGGAUUUCUGUGGGAUGAGGGCUUCCAUCAAUUAGUCAUUUGGCGUUGGGAUGUGCAUAUAUCUAUGGAUAUCAUUGGACAUUGGUUAGAUCUGCUUAAUUCAGAUGGAUGGAUUCCUAGGGAGCAAAUCUUAGGAGCUGAAGCUUUAAGUAAAGUUCCUGAGGAGUUUGUUCUGCAGUACCCUUCCAAUGGUAACCCUCCAACUUUAUUUCUCGCGAUACGUGAUUUGGCAAGUGGAAUACAUGCAAAACAGUUUUCAGGCGAUGAAGCUGAAAAGAUUUCUUCUUUCCUUGAAAGGGCUUAUAUACGGCUGAAUUCUUGGUUCCAGUGGUUCAACAGUACACAAUCAGGUAAAUACGAAGGCACCUUCUAUUGGCAUGGAAGAGACAACAUGACAACAAGGGAGUUGAACCCAAAGACGUUGACAUCUGGAUUGGAUGACUAUCCUCGUGCAUCUCACCCUAAUGAUGAAGAACGCCAUGUUGACCUUCGUUGUUGGAUGCUUCUAGCUACAAACUGCAUUCGUUCAAUUGCAGAGUUUCUUAAAAUGGACAGCGCUCUUGAGAAGGAUUACUAUAAGAUGUCAAAUCAACUUUCAGAUUUUAGAACGCUUAACAAGUUGCACUUGGAUGACAAAAUUGGCGCUUAUUUCGACUAUGGUAACCAUACUGAAAAGGUCCGACUGAGAUGGUAUGAUGUCCAAGAUAAGGAUACUAUGAGACGAGAGCUCUUGCGAGAAACAUUACAACCCCCUCAGCUGCAAUUAGUACCCCAUGUUGGUUAUGUCAGUCUCUUCCCAUUCAUGAUGGGGGCUAUUCCACAUGAAUCAUGGGUUCUUGACAAGCAGCUCGAUCUAAUAUCUAAUACCUCUAUAUUGUGGACAGAUUACGGCCUUCGGUCACUUUCUAGAACAAGUUCAAUAUAUAUGAAGCGUAAUACAGAGCAUGAUCCCCCAUAUUGGAGAGGUGCCAUUUGGAUAAACAUGAACUACAUGAUUCUUUCAGCACUGCAUCACUAUGCAAAUGGUAAGCCUCUUGAAUUGGCUGCUUUAUCCCCUCUGCAAAUCUCUAUGUUGGCACUAAGAAUAAGAUUGUGAUUUACUGUAGAGGAUGGCCCGUACAAGGGAAGGGCAGGAGAAUUGUACGACAAGCUAAGAUCAAAUCUUAUCCGGAACAUCGUGCAGAAUUACCAUGAAACUGGAUUCUUCUGGGAAAACUAUGACCAGAACAACAAAGGAAAGGGAAAGGGUGCACGGUCGUUUACUGGAUGGACUUCACUUCUUGUUCUGAUCAUGGCAGAGUCCUACCCAACAUUGCAUAGGCCGCCUGCAGUUGAUCUCUUUGAUGCACGCGUCAGCGCCAUUACGGAGGAUGCUAGUACUCCAGCCAACCACCGUCCCGCGGACGGCAGGCACAGUGCGAAGCCGGCGGGCGGCGGCGGCGGCGGCAUGGGGGCGCCUAGCAGCCGCGCGGUGGCCCUGGGCGCGGCCUUCCUGCUGCUCCUCGUCGCGCUGCCCUCCGCCUUCCUCUACCUCACCUCCUUCGCCGGCCCCGCGGCCUCCCGCGCCGCGCUCCUCAACCUCAAGCCCUUCUCCGCCAGGUGCCCGCCCUCCGCGGCGGCCCCGCCGCUCCGCGUCUUCAUGUACGACCUGCCCCCGCGCUUCCACGUCGCCAUGAUGACGGGCGCCGCCGACGCCUCCAACGCCACGGCGGGGCCGUUCCCCGCGUGGCCGCCGUCGGCGGGCGGGAUCAAGCGGCAGCACAGCGUGGAGUACUGGAUGAUGGCGUCGCUGCAGGACGGGGGAGGCGGAGGGGGAGGGGGAGGGGGAGUGGGAUCGGAGAGGAGGGAGGCGGUCAGGGUGCGGGAUCCCGACGAUGCCGAAGCAUUCUUCGUGCCCUUCUUCUCCUCGCUCAGCUUCAACGUGCACGGCCGCAACAUGACCGACCCCGACACCGAGGCCGACCGCCUCCUGCAGGUUGAACUUAUGGACAUUCUAUGGAAGUCUAAAUAUUGGCAAAGAUCUGCAGGCCGUGACCAUGUGAUUCCCAUGCAUCACCCCAACGCUUUCAGAUUCCUGCGAAAUAUGGUGAAUGCAUCUAUUCUUAUAGUUGCAGAUUUUGGGAGAUACACAAAGGAACUGGCUUCCUUGAGGAAAGAUGUUGUAGCACCAUAUGUGCAUGUUGUGGCUUCCUUCAUUGAUGAUGAUGCACCUGAUCCAUUUGAGGCUCGUCAUACACUGCUUUUCUUUCGAGGCCGUACUGUCAGGAAAGAUGAAGGGAAGAUCCGGGCAAAACUUGCAAAUAUAUUAAAAGGAAAGGAUGGUGUGCGCUUUGAGAAUAGCUUUGCCACCGGUGACGGCAUUAAAAUAUCUACAGAAGGUAUGCGGUCAUCAAAGUUUUGUCUUCACCCUGCUGGGGACACUCCUUCCUCGUGCCGCCUGUUUGAUGCCAUUGUCAGUCACUGUGUUCCUGUGAUUGUGAGCAGUCGCAUAGAGCUCCCUUUUGAAGAUGAGAUUGAUUACAGUGAAUUCUCCCUUUUCUUCUCAGUUGAAGAAGCUCUAAGACCUGAUUACUUGCUCAAUCAACUCAGGCAGAUCCCCAAAAAGAAGUGGAUGGAGAUGUGGUUGAAGCUAAAAAAUGUAUCUCGCCACUAUGAAUUCCAGCAUCCCCCCAGGGAAGGUGAUGCUGUGAAUAUGAUAUGGCGGCAGGUGAGGCACAAAAUCCCUGCAGUUAAUCUAGCUAUUCACAGGAAUAGAAGACUAAAAAUUCCAGACUGGUGGGGAUAAUAAUUGGUGACUAGUGUACAUAUUACCACAUCCACUGGUAAACCUGGUUAUUUUUGGUGUCUGAUAGAAACCAUGGUGGUCAUUCUGUGUGAACCAGGUGCUCAUCUUAAAAUCCAAGGACUGAGUCCAGAACUAUUCUCUGAUGGGAACUGACAUUAUCACCCUUUUUUUGGUACAUUUUUGUGACAGGAUAACUAUUUUUCCCCUGAUGCUACAAAAUAAUGGGAACAAAUAAACCUAUAGUGAUAUUCUUUAUAGAGAAGACUACCUGACAAAUAGGAUCUCUGUAUCUUCUUUGUACUAGCAUAUUGAAAGUUGCAAUAUAUUCUUUGUGCUGUUAGAUAUACUGUUCAUCUCAA